UUUAAAAACGACAGAAAACUAGACUAGUUGUGUUCAAAGUAGGUGAAUGUCGGUCUAGAUUUUUCAGAACAUGGGAUUGUCGCAGCAGUUCUUCGCUUUGUUAUGGAAAAAUUGGAAAAUAAAGUAUCGCUCUUGGGGCAGUAUUUUGGCUGAGCUUAUUUUCCCGUUGCUGCUGAGCAUCCUUAUCUUUUAUACUCACUACGAUCAAACUGUCGACCAUACGGAGCGGACAGUAACAUUCGACCCCUUGUGGUCAAACUACCGACAGGAACCAAUAUUUGUCGGCACGCCAAGUUCAUCCGCCAUUGAAACACUUGUUCGAUCACAGAUGACCGGAAAAUAUUCAGCUGUUCACAUGUUCCCGACGGUGGAACAGGCUACGGAAUUUUCCCGAACCUUACGUUGGCCAAACAUCAGCACACCGGUCGUGAGCUUUGAGCUGGAUGACGUCACCACGGUCCCACAUCACCUCAAGUUUAAACUCAAUGUGGCAUUUAAUUACUAUCCCAACGAGAUCUAUGGAGAGGCAUUGUGGCUGAACUUAUACAGCGUGCCAGAGACCAUGCACGGGGUCACCAUGAUGUUCAUCAACCACUGGCAGACCCAGAAAGGCGGCCCACCCAGCCAUCUGCGCCUGGAGCUCGUCGAGAUGCCCAAGCUGGUCACUAAGCAAAGUAACUCGAGUUUGGUACACCUCUCGAUGACCUACGGUCUGCUCUUCAUGGCUUUGUUCUGUUUCACAACAAUCACCAUCGUGGACGAACGCGAAUCUAAGAUCAAGGAGUCCAUGAAGCUGAUGGGGCUGGGCGAGUUGAUCUACUGGAUGUCCUGGUUUGUCAUGAACUUCAUCUACGGCCUGUACAUCUGCAUCCUGGGUUGGGUGGUCAUGUGUGUCGACUACUCGCCGGUCGGUCGGCUCUUGAAGUCAUCCAGUCUGCUGUUCGCCAUCUUUGAACUGGUGUUUACGGUCAACACAAUCAGCGCGGCCUUUCUGCUCGGCACAUUUUUUAAGAGAGGCCGACUUGCUGGAAUCAUAUCUAUAAUCGUGUAUUUCGCCAUCCCCAUGGCUACCUCCAGUCUUAUCGAACAGAAAACUGCUCGCAUUUUGCUGUACGGGGUUUUCUUGUACAGGUUUGGCUUUGAAGUAGCCAGGCAAGUUCUAUAUGACAACGAAAAUAUGACAACGAAAACGCUGAAAACUUCAGGUAGAAGCGUGGGUGUGUAA